UCAUUAAACAAAUUCUAGUGCCAAGUUGCUAACAGUUUUCCGGGGCGCAAUGUGAAAUGUGACUGGGGAAAGUGUCAAACAUGAAUCAGCCCCAAAUUGCGUCUUUUGGUAAAAUGGUAACAAAAAAUUUGAGAAGGCAUACAUAUAAAAAGGUUUUGUAAAAUGCAUUAUGACUACUGAAGAAAACUUAACCCAAAACUUUCAAGAGGUUUCUCUUUCUUCAGUAAAUUUUAAUAUUAACAAUAAAAUGCAACAAUGCUUAAGCUUUAGAGAGAUAUGUAUUUUUCUGUACUUUUUUCUUCAGGAAAAAAAGAGUAAGUGCACUUCGUGGUGUUGCAAUACAUUUACCCCCUAAUUUGAUUUUUAUGAUUGCUUUUUUUGUGACUCUAUGCAUCGCGGAAAAUCCCUGAACGGAGGAGGCCAUUCGUCAGGCAAUUUAUUGGGAGGAGUGAUGGCUUGUGAGCUCACAUCGCUAUAAAGCCCCUCAGAGCUUCGCCGACUCACUUUAGUUGUCAUCGGCUAUGUCUCCGUUCGGUCGGAUGUGGUGGCUGCCACUGCUGCAGUGGCUGACCAUGGGAAUAGGAUCGGGAGCGCACGCCUGGAGCUUUGGACCAGCACAACCGGAUGCCGGCCAGGAUACCGGACCCCAACCCAGCGAUGUGGGCAGCACCGCGAACCACACGAUACUCACCAGGCAGCUGAUUGUGGGUACCUUACUGCCACCGCAAGUACCGCAGGGCACGUGGCCACCAGUGCCCUCCAUUGUGAAUCCCGGCACCACUAGCUAUUGCCAGUGCGUUCCGCCAGGAUCCUGUGCCAAUCCGGUGCCCACUGCACCCAGCGAUGGCAGUGGUCAGCUGGACAUCAGAAUUGUCAAUACUGGAGGAUAUCCCUCAAUUCCGAGCACAUCUGCCACGUUGACCUGCAGCUAUGGCUUGGUGGCCUGCUGUCAGGCGGGAAGCUAUCAGUGUGGCCGAAGGUUUCCACCUCCGCCCGGGGCCUCCGCCGCAGGAGCUGGCCAAGCCAGUUUUGGGGCAUAUCCUUGGCAGGCGGCACUACUAACCACCGCUGAUGUUUACCUGGGUGGCGGAGCACUGAUCACCGCUCAACAUGUCCUUACCGCCGCCCAUAAAGUCUACAAUUUAGCGCUCACCUCAUUUAAGGUGAGACUGGGUGAAUGGGAUGCCAGCAGUACUAGUGAACCGAUUCCCGCCCAGGACGUGUAUGUCUCCAAUGUGUACGUGAAUCCCUCGUUCAAUCCCAACAACCUGCAGAACGAUGUGGCCAUCCUGAAGCUGUCCACUCCGGUUUCGCUGACCAGCAAAUCCACGGUGGGCACUGUUUGCCUGCCCACCACCAGUUUUGUGGGUCAGCGCUGCUGGGUGGCCGGGUGGGGCAAGAACGACUUUGGACCCACUGGCGCCUACCAGGCCAUUCAGCGGCAGGUGGACGUGCCACUGAUACCCAAUGCCAACUGCCAGGCGGCGCUGCAGGCCACUCGGCUGGGCGCCUCCUUCGUCCUCAGUCCCACCAGUUUCGUCUGUGCCGGCGGCGAGGCUGGCAAGGAUGCCUGCACCGGCGAUGGGGGCUCGCCGCUGGUCUGCACCAGCAACGGGGUCUGGUAUGUGGUGGGUUUGGUGGCCUGGGGCAUCGGAUGCGCCCAGUCUGGAGUUCCGGGGGUCUACGUCAACGUGGGCACAUAUCUGCCCUGGAUUCAGACCACUCUGACGCUGUAAAUCCCAGUAGUUGUUACCAAUAAAUCGUAUUAUAUUUUA